AUGCAGAAGGCGGCGGUUGAUGCCCUGGCCGAGGUCGUCGCCCUGGUCUCCGAAUUGGAUCUCGUCACCAACAUCAUCAAGGGCCUCCACGAGCACUUCGACAGUGUCGCCGACAUUUCCCCUCUCCUCACGUCGUAUCCCACCUUCCUCAAUUUCCAUAACAUGCUGCUUCUACAGGAGAUGAAGGUGGCGCGUCGCUCCCCCAACACCUCCACCUCGUCCUCCGUUGCAAAGCCCCCCGCUCCACCUACUACCGCUGGUGGUGGCCCUCCCGGAGCGGGCGGUGAGCAGCAGUGGCGCCCUCUCGCGCCCCCAACCCGCACCACGACGGCUACGUCAAGAACAAGGGCUACCGGCCUACCAGUGGUGCUCCCCCCAAUGCCCACCCCCUACAACCCGUGGACCGGCGCCAUCCAAAUGUGGCCCAUGCAGCAGUCUGCCAUCGGCCAUGGCAUCCUUGGGCCUCGCCCGGGCCCCCGCGCCCACUCCUACGUCGCCUCCUACCAUGCCGGCCACGCUGGCCCCUAUGGCGUGGCCAUGUACGGUGCCCCGACCGGCCACUACGGCGUCGCCCCGCACGACGCUGCGGCAUACGGCUACAUGCAAUGGAAAAGGUCCAGACGUGGUCAAUUCUCUCACAUUCUCUAA